GGCAAGAGGAAGGAACAGCUGCCUGUGUGUGAGACAGAGAGAGAGCAGGGAGGGCUCUGGCCACAUCUGUCUGAGGCUUAAGGAAGGAAGGAGAAGAGAAGAGAAAUGAGCUGAGUGAAGAUUAGGGCUUAGGCUAUCUCCCCAGCGCCAACAGCAAGGACGUGGCUGGGAAGUCAGGGGGACUUAGAACAUUUGCCCCGUAGACCCAGGUCCCAGCAGAGCCGCAGAGUCUGAGAGACCUUCGGGGCCAGAAGAAACUCCUCUCUCCCAGCAUCCUUCUCCCACCCUUCGAGCUGGGAUCCCUGAGGCAUGGAGGAGCAGCUGGACUGGGCAGCCUAUGGCGAGAACCUGACGGGCGACUGUGAGUACGAGGAAUGGAGCCCCUCCCUGGUGCUCCUCCCCACCAUCUAUCUGCUGGUUUUCCUGCUGGGCACCAUAGGCAACGGCUUGGUGCUGUGGACCAUCUUCCGGGGAGGGCAGGAGAAGCGGCGCUCGGCCGACACCUUCAUUGCCAACCUGGCCAUGGCUGACCUGACCUUUGUAGUGACCCUGCCACUUUGGGCUGCCUACGCCUGGCUGGGAUACCACUGGCCCUUCGGCUCCUUCACAUGUAAGCUCAGCAGCUACCUGAUCUUUGUCAACAUGCACGCCAGCGUCUUCUGCCUGAUGGGCCUCAGCAUUGAUCGCUACUUGGCCAUCGUGCGGCCCAUGGCUAAUGCCAAGCUGAGGUGGAGGGCCAGCGGGCUGGUGGCCACCAUUGUCCUCUGGGCCUUGGCGGCCAUUUUGGCCUUGCCAGCCAUGAUCCUCCGGCAGGCAGCGGUGCUAUUGGGAGAAACCAAGGUGACAUGCUAUAUGGACUACUCAGGCGUGGUGGCCAAUGGGACUGAGGGGGCAUGGGAGGUGGGGCUGGGCCUGUCCUCCACCAUGCUGGGCUUCGUGGUCCCUUUUGUCGUCAUGCUGACCUGCUACUUCUUCAUCGCCCGCACCAUCGCCGACCACUUCCGGAAGGAGCGCGGCGAGGAGCUGAGGAAGAGGAAGCGACUGCUGAGCAUCAUCAUCGUGCUGGUGGCCACCUUUGCCUUCUGUUGGCUACCCUACCACCUGGUGAAGACCAUCUACGUGCUGAUGGACCUGGAGGUGAUGCCCUGGUCCUGCGGCUUCCAUGCCUUCCUCAAUAACUUGCACCCCUACUGCACCUGUGUGGCCUACAUCAACAGCUGCCUCAACCCCUUCCUCUAUGCCUUCUUUGACCCUCGCUUCCGGCAGGCCUGUGCCGCUGUCCUGUGCUGCAGCAGGGGGCGCUGGCCGGGGUCCAGCAAGGACAAGUCAGCCAGCUACUCCUCCAGCCACAGUCAGAACCUGCAGGGAAAGGGUGGGGAGCUGCCACAGGAGAAACUGGGUCCAGGCAGGCAGGAAACUCUGCUCCGAGGCUAAGAGAAGGGGGAUGACAUGGACCCGCCUCUGGGGACAUCAGGUAGAGUGAGUCCUCCUCUGCUGUCACUCUGUCUUUCAUUGCUUCUCUCACGCCUUCUUUCAUACUUUCUUUUCUCUCUCCAUCACUGUCUCCCUCUUUCACCCUUCACCAUCUCUUCCAUUUCUCCUUCUUCUCUUCCUCCAGCUCUCUCUUGGAUUGGCUUCUCCCUUGUCACAGGCCUUGUGCAGAUAAAGCAUUCCCAAGGCCUGUGGCUACCCUGCAGAAGCUCAGCUUAACCCUUCCAGGCACGGACUUUCCGCUAGGGGCACGUCUACACUGCGGCUGGGAGAAGCCUCCCAGAUCUACCCACCCAAGGAUGGAUCCCAGAGCUCUGGUAGGCUUGUGUCUGGGUGGCUACCCAGGCCGCCAUCCACUCGCCAAUGGCCACUCACUGCUAUUUUUAGCGCGCUAGCUCCCGCAGACCUAGCCUUGUCUGUCUCCCCAGCUGCAGUGUAGACAUAUCCUAAAGCAGCAGUUCUUCACCGGGGGUGCAGGUUUCAGGGGGUCCGCCAAGCAGGGCCAGCAUUAGACUCACUGGGGCCCAGGGCAGAAAGCCAAAGCCCUACUGCCAAUCGGGCCUCAAGCUGUAGCCUGAGCAGCUUAGUUUCGCAGGGCCCCCUGUGGCCUGAGGCCCUGGGCCAUUCCCCUGCUUGCUACCUCCUAAUGCAGAAAAACAGCUGCGGCACAUAUGGGCCGUGGAGUUUUUAUAGCACGUUAGGGGAGCCACGGAAAGAAAAAGGUUGAGAACCCCUGCACUAAAGGGCUCAUGACCUGGAGGCAGACAGCCCCAGGGAUGAAGGGUUUCUGCAUUUCUGCAUUCCCGUCCCUUCCCCCCCGCACACCACCUUCCCCCCCACCCCCCCCCAGGGCUGGCAGGGGCCAGCCCUGGUCACUGGCUGGGCAUUGGGGGUGUGGCGUUAGUUUUGUGGUGUUGGGGGCUGGAAGACCCGCAACACCACAAAGGAUGGCUGCUGCUGCUGCCUCUCCUGAGAUACUGGCUCCUGUCCCCCUGAAAAUUCACUCUACCCUUUGUCUGCUGUGGUGGGGUGAGGGGGAGGAGGAAGAGUCUGCAAGCCCCACCCCCAUCCCCGCCCUCCUCCCCCUCUCUCUUAAUGCCUCGGUCAAUACCCAGACCCACAAGGUGUUGGAAGCAAUUCUUCCCCCAGCUGGGUGGGGCCAGUGGGGAAGCUGUUAGCCGUGGGAUCGGCCCCCUUCCCCCAUACAUUGCCUUCACUGAGAGCCACCCUCCCCUCACCCAGCCCUCCCUCCUUUACAUCACCCACCCACCCAGGAUCCCCUGCUGGGCUUGUUUCAUCUGGGGGUGAGUGUGGGCCCCAGAGCCACGCCAGGCUCUGUCUGUGUGUG